AUGACGCCGAUCGCCAUGCGCCGGCGUACGAGCCCCAACAACGCCGCCAUGACGCCGCUCAAAGAGUCGCUGCCCUCCAAGUACGACUCGUUCUUCACAAAGUCGACGUCGUCCGUCUCGGACACGGCGCCCGCGUCGCCGGCGUUGUACCCGCCGCUCAAGCCGCGCGGCAUGUCGUUGCCGCAGGUGACACUCACGACGCAUGGCCCCAAGCCACGGACACUCACGGUCGACCUCGAGCGGCCACCGCUGCCCCUGCCCAACGUGGCCGUGGACUUUAAUUUUCAGAGCAUUUUCCAGCGCAUCCACGAGUGCGUGCACAAAAUUCAAGAUAUCAAGAAGGACCUCGAGCACGAGACGACGCGCCAUCGAUAG